UUUCGACUCCGCCAAUCUCGCAACCACACCGCACCUUCCAUCCAAAUUCCGAUUCACGCUUACAUACUCGUUUAAUGUUUUAUACGGAUUCAUUAAACUGAUUCAAAUGCUUGAUUAUAACCUUUAUAAAUCGUGAUCUAUCCGAGAAUUCAAUUUUUCAUCCACCAUUUUCGAGGUAUUGAUACUCAUAUUGUGGAUUUCGAGAGAAACUGAUCGCGUUAGGGUUUUCAUUGGACAUUUCCCCUUUUUCAAUUUUGGCGGGAUGGACGAGAUCAAACGAUCCUUUGAUGGAGCAGUAGCGCAGCAGCAGAAACUCUGCUUUUCAGAUAGGGUAUGUAUUGUUUGCCGGCAUCGUGAUUAUGAUGAUUUCAAUGGCUACUUUAUCUUUGUUGUCGACUUAUCCGAAUUAGUUAAUGGAUCUAAGGGGGUUUUACACUACGAUAUCCUACUCAAUUAUGAUCUUAGCAUGUCAGUUUGUGGUCUUGAUUCCACACUUUAUUUUGUUGAAUCUCUUAGUUGCUCCGAGAGUCGGAAAAUACACAUUCUCGAUGUCGAAACCAGACGUCAAUGCUUGAAGUUACGCGCUAAAGAUUUACUCAGCUUAGCUCCUAUGUUGGGUCCCAAACGCUUAGCUCGAAUAGCAUCAAUGCCUCGCACUAAAAAGAUUAUAGUAUUUUCAUCUCAGUUCCAAGUGUUUUUGUACAAUCCUAAUUUGGCUGAUGAUGGUUUUACUGAUGAAUUUGAUGAAUACAUUGAUUUUGAGACUUAUGAUGUUGGAACCAAUACAUGGGAAAAAAUACCUCCACUUGUUAUCUUAAAAGUCUAUGGUAAUGGUAACUUUAUGAAUCCUUCCUUUUUCCUGCUGCACGGGGCCGAGAAAAUAGAGAUCCCUAGGAAUGCUUGGGAUGAAGAUUUUGGAAUAUAUGAGAUUUCUCGUUAUACCUUGAUCGAUGAGGAUGUAUUUCUGGUGCAACUUGAUUGUGGUAUAAUGCUUACUCUUGAUCUCAAGUCUCCCUCCAAAGGCUGGAAACUGUACGAUGAAGGUAUGGUAACUAAGCCUAGUUCGGAUCAAGAUUUGUUUCUAGUUGAGGAUAAAAUCCGAAUGCCUUGGUGUGCUUCUGAUAUUCGAGGCGAUAGGAAAUUCGGAAAUGCUGUUGCAUUUCCACUAUCGUUAUUCGGUGAAGACGAUAUGUUCAAAGUAUAUCCUUGUUUAACCAUCACUCCUCUAGAGGGUGACCAGUCUAAGGGUCAUGUCUGCAUUGUGCAAGGUGGAGUUUCUCGGAAGUCGAAGUAUCCUCAAAUGGUUAUGGAUGUAGGGAAUGUGCAGGCUGAGGUUGUUGCUUCUUGUAGAUUUGAGGUGCCGCAUAGGAUCAAGGAUUUCGCACCUCUCUGCAUGUUUGUUUGCCCUCCAAAGCAAAGGAUGGGUGAGAUCAAACGAUCAUUUGAUGGAGCAGUAGCGCAGCAGCAGCAGGAACUCUGCUUUUCAGAUAGGGUAUGUUUUGUUUGCCAUGUCUUUCCGCGCCAUCAUGAAUGUGAUUGUUGUGCUGAUUUCAAUGGCUACCUUAUCUGUGUUGUCGACUUAUCCGAAUUACUUAAUGGCUCGAAGAAGGAUUUACAAUACAAUAUCCUACUCAAAUAUGGUGGUCUUUACAUGUCAGUUUGUGGUCUUGAUUCCACAGUUUAUUUUGUUGAAUCUGGUCGUUGCUCCGAGAGUCGGACAAUACACACUCUUGAUGUCGAAACCAAACAUCAAGGCUUGAAGUUAGACGCUGAUGAUUUUGGCAGUUUACCUCCUAUGUUGGGCCGCAAACACUUUGCUUUAAUAGCAUCAAUCCCUCGCUCUAAAAAGAUUCUAGUAUUUUCUUCUAAGUUCCGAACUGUUUGUUACAAUCCUUUUUCGAUUGGUUAUGAUUUUGAUGGAUUCAUUGAUUUUGAGAUGUAUGAUGUUGGAACCAAUACAUGGGAAGAACUACCUCCACCUAUUAUCCGAAGACAUAAAUGUAAUAACCCUUCAUUUUUCCUGCUGCACGGGGCUGAGGAAACAGAGAUCCCUCGGACUGCUAGGGAUAGAGAUUUUAUAAUGUAUGAGAUUUCUCGUUAUACUUUGAUCGAUGAGGAUGUGUUUCUGGUGCAACUUUCUUGUGGUGUAGUGCUUACUCUUGAUCUCAAGUCUCCCUCCGAAGGUUGGAAACUGUACGAUGAAGGUAUGGUAACUAAGUCUAGUUCAGAUCAAAAUCUGUUUGUUGUCAAGGAGAAAGACCAAAUGCCUUGGUGUGCUUCUGAUAUUCGAGGAGAUCGGGAAUUUGGAAAUGCUGUUGCGUUUCCACUAUCGUCGUUCAGUGAAGAUGAUCCACUGAAAGGUGUGCCUUAUUCAAACAUCACUUCUCUGGAGAGUGACAAGGCGAAGGGUCAUGUCUGCGUUUUGCAAGGUGGCGUUAGUCGGAAGUCGAGGCAUCCUCAAUUCGUUAUGGAUGUAGUGAAUGCGCAGGCGGAGGUUGUUGCUUCUUGUAGAUUUGAGGUGCCGCAUAGCAUCAAGUGGUUCUUGCCUAUGUGCAUGUUUGUUUAUCAUCCAAAGCAAAGUCACACUGAGGAUCAAGCUUUGCUGCAUCAUCUUUGAAGAAUAUCUAUUUCUUCAAUUGAAGUUUCAAUGAAUUGAAGAAAUACUUCACUUUGUUCGAUGAAUUUUUUUUAUUAUAAUAAAUAUGAG